CCUCCUCUCUCGGAAGUUCGUUAGUGUCAAAGAUGGAGGAGGUUAGAGCUUGGAGCGCUGCAGAGACUCGCAAACUAAUAACUUUAUGGAGUGAUGCGAGCAUUCAAGCUAAGCUUGAAAGUAGCUACAGAAAUAAACCUAUUUACGAGCGUAUAGCUGAAGACAUGCGUAAAGAAGGUUACGACCGAAACUGGCUCCAAUGCCAAAGAAAAAUGAAACAUUUGAAGACAAGCUAUAAGAAGGCGAAAGACGCUAACAACCGAAGCGGCAAUGGAAGGACAACUUGUCCUUUUUAUGACGAGCUGGAUUUAGUCCUGGGUGACCGACCCACAACACAGCCACUAACUGCUUUUGACUCAGCUACACCGGAAGACGAGGAUGAAGACCUUGAAGAACCAACUGUUGACAGCUCUGCUACAGAGUCAUUUGACAGUACAACCACAGAAGAUACCACUUCAGAGCCUGGCAUAACAACAACGGACAGCAGCUCUACAAAAGCAGGACCCCAGAUUGCACCUAGAGAAACAGUGGGGCGUUUCAAGGGUAAAAGAAAGCGAACAAGGAUGGAAGCCACCGUUGACGUCUUAACUAAGACCAUGACUGCUCAGUUUGAGCAAGAAGCCAAACUACAGCUUCAGAUGCAGGCGGCACAACAUGAACACGAAUUAAGGCUCUUCAAUGUCUUUGUUAAUGCUUUUGCAACCAGCCAACCCUCAUCCACACACAUUGCACCACAGCACAACACACCUCCCUUUUACAGUGGUCCUCAUUUCCACCAUUCAUCAGUGCCCCAUUUUCCUUUUCCUCAAUCUCACUUUGUUCCUCCUUCCAUUAACGAAAUGAUUGCCUUACCACCAAGCCAGGUCAACCACACUGAUGAGCAGAAUAGACUGGAUGAAAUGCACUACAACCUCUAAUAUUUUUAAAUAACUAGCACAGUAAUAUAAUUUACUGCUUUAAUAUUUUUGAUUUCAAUCUCGUGUUGUUUUAGAUUAACUCUUGACACACUGAAUGUAAUUUAUUUAUUUAUUUAUUUUUUUGAUGAAAAAUGUUAUACAAAGAGUAUUUUAAUAGAGAUUUUAUUGUUACAUUUGUAAAUGAUUAAAUAUAUUUGCAAAAAGCAUUUAUGACAGACUACAUGUUAAGUUGAAAAUUGUAGAAUUACAAGUUAUGUACAA